UCCCUAUAAGACAGAUAGACAGACCUCCAUUCCCAAUCUCAUCACAAUCCAAUCUCAGUUUCCAACAAGAAAGAAAGAAAAUCCAGAGAAACGCCAGAGGAGAGACCAAGGUAGACGACGAUGGCGGUGUUGGUGGAGCUGACCAAGGAGUACGGCUACGUGGUGCUCACCGUGGUCGCCUACGCCUUCCUCAACUUCUGGAUGAGCUUCCAGGUCGGCGCCGCCCGCAAGAAGUACAAGGUGUUCUACCCCACGCUGUACGCCAUCGAGUCGGAGAACAAGGACGCCAAGCGCUUCAACUGCGUCCAGAGGGGGCACCAGAACUCGCUGGAGAUGAUGCCGCUCUUCUUCGUCACGGUGCUGCUCGGUGGCCUGCAGCACCCGGUGGUCGCCGCCGCGCUGGGGCUCCUCUACACCGUCGCCAGGUUCUUCUACUUCAAGGGCUACGCCACCGGCGUCCCGGACAACCGCCUCAAGCUUGGGGGGCUCAACUUCUUGGCGAUCAUCGGGCUGAUCCUCUGCACGGCGUCCUUCGGCAUCAACCUUGUCAUCAGGGAGGCGAUCUGAGGCUCCGGACUGAUGUGCCUGACUUGAUAGGCGUUUGUGACUCGAGUCAUUUAGACAUGGCGGUGGUGUCUUUUAUAGUGUCCAAAAAUGUGUGUGCGUCUGUUUUACUCUCACAGAAUAAAGCUAGAUGGAGACGGUUUGUAACAUCGAGGUUUUGUAGCUUUUGCAGCACAGUUUUAAAUAUCAACAUCUACUACAAUACUAAACAUGUAUAAUAUGAAAAUUAAUUCCUUGAUGCACCUAA